CGGGGAAUUACGCCAUUGAAUACGAGAAUCGCGAAGAAGGCAAAGGAGAACCAAAACCUUUCGCCGGGAAGAAUGGUUGCCCGUCUGCUGGUGGUGGUGUGUUCUAUAGCGUGCCUGUGUGUCACACAACUAUUUGCCGGGUUAGGUUUCCUCGUUCCUGGCCCACGGCCGGGGCUGCAAUGAUUUGACAGCUAUCAAUGAACAACAUCACACUCGGAUCGGAAGAAGUUGAGCCUCCUUUAUCUUUGCAACCGUCUCCCGCAAUGGUUGUUGGACUUCACACUGGAGUUUGACCACCACGAUCGUCUUUUCUGCGCGGGGAAAGUCGGAAAAGUUGGUUACAUCGCGCUGUUUCCAUCUUCUUCGUUCCAUCCGAAGGCCUUACCGAUGCCUCGUUGCUGCCGGUGGGUGGUUUUGUCUGUUGGUGGGCGAUGAUUUUUCCUCAAAAUCGGUUGCCGAGUGGAAUGAAAAGUGAUGAAAACAAAAAAUUGCCAUCCGCCUGAUGAAAUAUUGUGUGUGCCUUUGUGGGAUGUGAUUUGAAAGGUGAUUUGUGAUACUGCGAGUGACCGCGGGAAGCUUCUAGUAGACGAAUAAGAAAAGGCUCGGUUUGCUACUCGAUUACUUUGGGCGAAGAAAAUUCAUUCGGUGCAAGCGUCCGUGGAUAAUCCCAACGGAAUCGAAACACAAAAAAAGUAGGCGGUGAAAUUGAGUGCAGCAGCGUAAAUGCCAAACCGUAACCGUAUGCCAAACGAGGCUUGCAGUUUCAGUUGUUCAAAGUUGAUUGAUUGAAAAAUCGAGGGAUUGCCUUACAAGUUUCUUAUUGAAAGUGGUUGUAAAAGAAAAACCUAAACGGUCCGUUUUGGAGUAAAGUGAUAUGCAAAACGGGUGUUUGGUUUUCAUAGGAAAAACUAGAAACCAAGUCAACUAUUUGUGAAGAGUUCUUCCCAUCAACCUAGCCAAACAACGGAAUAGGCCAAACUCGUACCCAUGUUGGAUGGAUCAGUGGAGAAGUAAUUGAACGAUUGAGACAACCUUGACCAUCGACACAUGAAGCACAUUGAGGAGAGUUGGAUGACUUACGAAAACUGUUGAACCGACGCCUCUUGCGCGCCCAACCUCCUUGACGAACUCCUUUCGUCCAAUCGUUCAGGAUGGCGAACUACUUCCUGUGCCUUGUUAUCCAACGGUUGGUUCUACCGCUCAUUCUGGCAACAUGUUUGCUGAUGAGACCGGUAGGACUGGCCGUUCCAUAUUUAAUAUUCCUGCUGGUUUUGCCACACGUGCCUGUUGCCAACAAGAAGACCAUCCUGGGACCAACUGGACUCUUCAUGAGGUUGCUGAUCCUGGCGACAAUCCUCGUCCUUGCGGCGGUGGUAACGUUCCAAUUGGUGCUGAUCGGUUUCCCAAGUAGUUCGGUCGAGAGUUGCCAGCUGGGCGAGAUCGUGCUCCGGCACAUUGGGCUCGUGUCGUUUAACGGGCUCGGCGCGUGGAUGGUGGUGUACUGGUUGGCGCCGGAGGUGCUCCUGUUCGUCGGUGCCAUCAUCGUGCACAUCUUGCUGCGCAAACUGACCGGCGUGAUAGUGCCAAGGCGACGGGCAAAUGCAUCCACAGCGGACGAUACCGAACAGGGUACGGUCGCUUCUUCCGUGCUGGAGUCGACGUCCGUCGUGCCGGAGGAGGAACCACAGCGGAGUCUAAUCAGCCCGGAGCGGUUACCAUUCUUCACGAAGCUCGGCGUGCUACUGUCCAUGUGCAUGCUGUGUGUGACCGGCAUUCUGCAACCGUCGGCGCUGAGUGGCGUGUACUUUAUUGUCUUUCUUGGCGCCGCCUCGUGGUGGGCCUGUUAUAAGCAGUUAGACAGAGCGUUUGGAAUAGUUUUAAAGAUCACACUGGUGUUUCUAGUCAUACACAUCAUCCUGUUCCUGUCGUACCAGACGCCCUGGCCGCAGAAGAUGUUGCCGUUCAAUGAUACGGCCGCACGGGUGCUCGGCCUUAAACCCAUACUCAACUCCUCCUGCAACCCAUUGGAACUCAACGUGGCCGACAUCCGAGACGUGCACUUUAACUCGGAUUUUGAUACGGAUGUUUAUCUCAAUCCUAUCUUCCUGAUACUCUGCUACUACUGCAUCACGCUGACCUCGUCAUUGCUACUGCGGACAAGAACCGACGCCGAGAAGGAAAAGAAACGACAGGAUCUGUCGAGUCAGCUCGAAAAUGGCAUUAGACUGCAAAAUCAAAUUUCCUUCCGUAUGCAGCGCAAGAACAUCCUGCGCAAAACGCUCACCAGCGAUCGGUGGCGUGGUGCUGCACGGAAGGUGAAACUGAUGCGUCGGGGAACGCAUAGAAUACGAGACGCUUCUGCCACCGACGGCAAAGAAAAUGCUCAAACAGACCAGAUAGCAUUAGAAACAUUAGCAACACAUACCGCCAUUUCAGACGAGGAAGAACCAUCCAGCUUCUUCGAGCAAGCACUGUUGGCCAUUCGGAACGUGGCCACCUACAUCUAUAAGAAUAGCUACAUCUUUACGAACGUAAUUAUGAUGGUUUGGAGCAUCAUGUACCAUAGUUGGUUGACUUUCGUGCUGCUGAUCUGGGCCAACCUGAUCUGGAUCCUGCCGAAUCAUCGAAAGAACAUGCUGAAUUCCAGCCCGUUCCUUGUGAUAUAUGCCGAGCUGCUGCUGUUGGCGCAAUACCUGUACGGAAUGAACCUGACCGAGGCUGAACUGCCGACGAAGUUUGAGGGAUCGGGUAUCAACCUAGAGCAGUUGGGUUUCGUGCGACGCCUAGAGUAUCCGUGUGUGCCACUGCUCGUGAAGUCUUUGUUCACCACCAUGUUCUGGAUCUCACUGCGCCAGCUCAUUCAGGAAAAGCACACGGAACGACGUGAGUCGAUGAUUGCCAACAUGGCAGCGCCUUUGCAGCUACCGGUAGGGGCCGCCACAACAGCUGCCACCGGACCCUCGCCCUCGUCCGAUCGAUCUCAGGAAAAAAAGUCUUCCGCCAUUGUGACGCGCAUGGCGAAGUUUUUCAAGUCCUUCAUGAUCAAGUUUUGGAUCUGGGUGGUUGCUCUGACGCUGUUCCUGUCGGCAAUCAUCGGCAACCGGAUGACCGUGUUCCGGAUUGUGUAUAUGGUGCUCUUCCUGUGCUUCGUACUUACAUUCCAGUUUUCUUUCCGAGUGUGGCGUAGAAUAAUGUGGGUUUUCUGGGUGACGGUGAUCGUUUACUCGAUGAUUAUUUUGGUGCUGGUGUACUUGCAUCAGUUUGAACAGUUCCCCGGGUAUUGGGAAGCAAUAGGCAUAUCGAAAGAAUUACAAGAAGAUAUUGGACUGGAGAUAUUCAAGACGGGUCAACUUUUCUUGCACUUGGUCAACCCGACUUUGGUGGUCAUCAUCACCGUAAUCCAGCUGCACUAUUGUCAUACGAGGUUUUUGGUGAUCAGUGAAAUUCCUUCCGUCCAAGACCAGCCGGAAUCGGAACAAGAUGUUGUUUCGUCAACCGGCGCUGCUGGGUAUGGCACGUUUGACGACAAAGAGGCAAAAGACGAUGCAGUGUCAAUCUCCGAACCACCAUCGCGAGCUACUACGGUUCAAGAGCAGACACCAAAGCAUGUGCCGACUACCGCUGCGCCUUCAAAGGAUGCCCACGAUGACGACGAUGAUUGUGAGAGUGAAAAAAUUGAAGAUUUCCGCUUCCGCAAACUGUCCCGACAGGAGAUUACAGGCUACGCACGUAGCGCAUGGCGGCAAACGUUGCAGCUUGUGGAGCUUACGUGGUUGUUUUUCGAACUGCAUCUGCUGAAAAUAGUGCUAAUUGUAGCCUUCUCGCUGAGUGUGAACUCGGUCAACUUCCUGCAUCUGUUGUACGUCGUCCUGUCGGUGUUUACCGUGAAGGCCCACCUAACCGGAAAGCACAACUCCGUGAUGCACAAUCGGUUGAUAAGGAUCACUCGUGUCAUGUCGCUGUUUUCAGCGAUCAUGCUCAUCCUCACCAUGAUCUACCAGGUGAAGUACAUCAAGGAGGAGAAUUUCCAGAGCACUUGCCCGGAUAGCAUCGAUCCGGAUACGAACUCGAUGGACAUGAACAACGCCAAGUGGUUCGGAAUGAGAAAAGCGGGACAGGGGCAGACACUUUCGGAUUUACUGCGACCGUACCUGGUGUACAUUAUCAUCGUGACGGUCCAUGCGGUGACUAUCUUGCGGCAGACGAUCCACCGUAUCCGGCAAGGGAAGUCUCCAAAGACGCCUCCGUUUAUGUUCCCGCAAGUGGGACGCGCCGAUGCGGAUAAGAACAUUCGGAAUAUGAUCAUGUACCUGUUUAAUUACGGCUACUACAAGUUUGGCGUUGAAAUAUCGCUCGUCGCACUAAUCGUAGUCAUCGGUAAUCGGAUGGACGUGCUGUCCAUGUUCUACGCCGCCUGGCUGGCCGUUAUGUUUCACAUGACGCGGGCUGGAUUACUGCGCGUGUGGAAAUGGCUGACGUGGUUUAUCGUGAUCGGGAUUCCGAUACAGUACGUCCUGUUCGUUGGGCUCCCACCGUUUGCGUGUGUCCCGUACCCGUGGGUCAUCGCGCGUUUGGAUAAUUUCCGCAUCUGGGCGAUGCUACCCGACAACACGGCCCAGUUUCGAGCGGUCGCCAAUAAAAUGGUGUCCGACUUUGUGCUGCUUAUGUUUCUGUGCCGGCAGACGGUGGUGUUCCGGUUGGAGCACAGCCCGCCGAAUGGCUUUGGCGGAGGCAGCAAUGGGCCGGUGCUGGAAGAUUUCAACAAGCUCGACGAAGGCACCUUCCAGAAUCCGACGCCAGAUUUUAUCACGAAAAUACGCAACUGGUUGGAUGUGUUGAAGCGCUUCCUGUUCCUGGUGUUUUUCUGGCUAACGCUGGCCGUAGUGUUCCUGUCCGGCUCGAGCCGGGUGAACCUGUUCUCGAUCGGAUACUUGAUCGGGGCGUUUUUCUUCCUUUGGCAGGGAACCGAUUUCUACCUCCACUCCAUCGAGUAUAUUUUGAAGAGAUGGAACAUUCUCAUCUGCUACAAUGUGUUCGUUAUUGGGGCGAAAGCGUUCUUGCAGCUUUUCGGGUGUCUGUUUAUGGACCAGCUGAUGAACAACACCUGCUGGGUAAUGCAACUGUUCGGCAUCACCUGUCUCUCAGCAUCACUACCCACGCCACCGCCCGGCACGGGAGAACCGGGUGAUCUGCAGUGCAAACCUCCCGAUCCGUCCGACGUCGGGUUGUUCUGGGACGGUGUGUGUUUUGCCUUCCUGAUUCUGCAACGACGGCUUUUCUCAAGUCACUAUUUCUGCCAUAUUAUAAACGAAUCGAAGGCGAGCAAAUAUUUGGCUUCAAGAGGUGCCGAGUUGAUAGAGGAGCUGCGAAUCAAAGAAAGUACACUGGAGGCGGAACGGGAGCGACAGAUACUGGAGAAAAUCAAAGCCAAAAUGGACCGCAUUAAGGCGACUCAGCAAAAGAUUCUGGAGGCGGUUCAGGAUCCGGCUACACACGCCAUAGGAUACCAUACGCCGAUAGAAGACGAAAUAGCUGCCAACUCGAUGUUCAUCGAAGGCGAGGGACUCUCAGAAAUGCCCUCCGACAACGGUGGAUUGACGGUGGGUCGUGGAUCGUAUCAGACGCAGGUACCAUCGCCAAGUUCCGCCCUCAUGACCGUAUCGCUGGACGCAUACCUGGAUCCGCAGCGAAUGUCAUUUGAUUCGCCAAACGAUUUGAUGGCACGCGUUUGCAGUCCCGAUGACACGUUUCCCGUAUUUUCUCCACCACCCUUCGAGAAGGACCAACAACAACCCGUUUACCCGACCGUUCCGCCGGUGGCAACCACCGUAACCGCAAACACACUAAUGCCACCGGCUAAAACGAUGCCUCCGGCUCUUCAGACCCGUCAGCAUCGACGACAGUCAAGCUUGAAUGCGGUCUCGUGGCCGGCAAACCACGAGCUUACAAUAAGUCCGAAGACGCAGCAUCGUGUACUUCCUGCCGCCUAUAUGGCAAAUGAUGAUGCUGCCAGUCGAGAAAAUGAACAGCAGCAACAUUCACCGCGUUCACCUCGCUCGCCUCGCUCGACAACCUUUGCCCCAAAUCAACCCCGCCACCAACGUCUAUCGAGCAUGGGUUCCGGGUCGGGCAUGCCGGACGAACUGGCCGGCGGCGGUGGCGAGGCGAUUGGUGGAGGAGCGCGCCGCCGGUCCAGCUUUCUGGUGUCCCUCUUCGUGGAUGAUGAUACCCAGUACGAUGGGGUAACAACAACCGUGAACGGCGGCCCGACCCUGUCCCGACGAAGGUCACGCUCGCGCAGCUACUGGGGUCCGGUCGGGGAGGCUGGCCUGCGGGAUUCGAUCCGUUCUGCUCGGUCGCGUUCGCCCGUGUCCCAUCACGAGUAUACUGUCGACCAUAGGUCGAGUUUGAAGCGCAAAAUAUCGGAACACAGACCAACGGCGAUACGAUCCGGAGAUUACUACAUGUUUGAAGAGGUCGAGCAGGAGUUCGAACUGGAUAUGAUUGAACCGCGCGACUACGAAGAUGAGUUGGAAGAAUCGUUACCAAAGGCCCGGCGGCUUAGCCAUAGGCUUACACUCGGCAGGCUGGCAGCACAAUUGCGCAAGCAAAGGCACCGGGAAGUCUACGAGCUUGCGUACGGAAAGCGGAAUGAUAACGAGGACGAGGACACUCUCGGGGCGGAACUGGCGCCUAGCGCCCUUCCUACCGAUGACGGAUCGGAGCUACCGCUCAGGCGGCGGCUUUCGUCGCCGAUCCUUACGCGCCGUGAAGGAUCAUCGCAAGUCGGCGGUGAACGGGGUCACGACUCGUCCACGACUGGCACCGACGAAAGCGCACCGCAACGAUCCGCCAUUUCCGACCCACUGCCAGGUCAUGCUCAUUCAGGACCACGUUUACGAAAACCGACCACCGCGUUGGACGAACCGGACGACCAGCAGGCAGGUCCGAGUACCAAACAACAAGAGCAGGGCAGGGACUCGAUCUCGGACGAAGAAGUUCGUUUGCUGAGCGAUGAAGACGAUGAGGUGGAGGGCAAGAAAACGCCUCCCGAGGAGAAGAAAAGCAAAUUUUCGCUCGCCGGUCUGGCGCUGAUACCGGCGUUCUUGGCCGGCGCGAUCGGUUCACUCACGUUGCGAUUACACCGGGUUUCGCGCAACUAUCGUUACGUGAUGCGCGUACUGACCCGCGAGAAGCAGGUGCUGAAGGAAACACCCGGCUUUGGAGUUGGCAUCCGUGAUAACGAUGGUGUCUGGACGCAUUAUGUACCACGAUCGGGCAGUAAAACUGAUGCCAGCUCGACGGAUGCCAUCAAGCGCACGCUCGACGAAGUGAGUUCGGAGGAGGAUUUUACAUCCCGGAAGCAUUCCGUUCUCGUUGAGCUGCUGCAGGCAGCAUGGUACGCGAUCAUGUCCCAUACCGAUUUUAUCUGUUUCUUCGUCGUAUUUCUGAAUCAGGUAAAUUCGGCCAGUUUACUCUCUCUUCCGUUGCCACUGAUGGCGCUCCUGUGGGGUACGCUGACGUUCCCGAGACCCACGCAAACUUUCUGGACGAUGCUGAUCGCCUACACGCAGAUGGUGGUGUUGGUCAAAUGUAUCGGGCAGUUUGAAAUGUUCUGGUGGAAUCAAACACCAAUUCCCUCAAAUCAGCCGUUCCACGUGGCUCGUUUGUUCGGAAUUGAACGUAAGGACGGCUAUGCCACGUACGAUCUCAUCCUGUUGCUGAUGUUGUACUGCCAUCGCUUUAUCCUGAAGUCGCUUGGGUUGUGGAAGGCAGAUCCGACCGAGGAACCGGAGCUCACGGAGGGUGUAUAUCAGGUCGACCCGAACGACGAACAAGCAAAGACGUUGAUGGCGUUGGCUGAUGAGAAGGGAAAGAAACAAGAGACGCUAGAGAUCCGGCAACCGGGUGAAAUAACUGGACUAUCGAUGGUGAAAAUCAACGAAAAAGACGGUACAAUUGUGGAAGAACAAACGGACCGUACUGUGUCGUCCGAUGGAACACCAACUCAGCUUUGCGUCACGAUUCAAGCGGAAUCCAAGAAACGCUACUUUGUGCAGAUCGUGAAGGAAUCCUUCCUGCGGUACUCGUCGUCCCUGAAGGCCUUCUUCAUCCAGCUGCUUGAUCGGCAGUCUCGCAAAACGGCUGACGUGUAUGGGUACAUGUUUCUGUGUGAUUUCAUCAACUUUUUCGUCAUCUUGUUCGGUUUCUCAUCGUUCGGGACACAAGAAGGCGACGGAGGAGUACUAUCGUACUUUGAGGAGAAUCGCGUUCCAGUCACCUUUCUACUGAUGUUGAUCAUCCAAUUCUUCCUUAUCGUGGUCGAUAGAGCGCUGUACCUGCGCAAGAACAUCACCGGCAAGAUACUGUUCCAGUUUUUCCUUAUAAUCGGCCUGCACGUGUGGAUGUUCUUUGUGCUGCCGGCCACGACGGAGCGCAGCUUUAACGCGACCACCCCACCAAUCCUGUACUACAUGAUCAAGUGCUUCUAUCUGCUGUUUUCCGCGUACCAGAUCCGGUGCGGCUACCCGGCACGCAUUCUUGGCAAUUUCCUGACGAAGGGUUUUACUAUGGCAAACUUUUCUGGUUUCAAGCUGUUCAUGACCGUACCGUUUUUGUUCGAGUUGCGCACGCUGAUGGAUUGGAUCUGGACGGACACAUCGAUGACGCUGUUCGAUUGGUUGAAGAUGGAGGAUAUUUUCUCGAACGUGUACCAGCUGAAGUGCAUGCGGCAGCUGGAGGAAGACCUGCCGGCACCGCGCGGACAAAAGAAGGGUCUGCUGGUGAAGUAUUUGAUGGGUGGUGGUAUGAUGUUGGGCAUUAUCUUCCUGAUCUGGUUCCCGCUGGCACUGUUUGCGUUCAGCAAUGCGGUCGGUAAACCAAACAUACCGUACGAUGUGUCCGUAACGCUUCGCAUUGGUCCUUACGAACCAGUGUAUACGAUGAGUGCACAAAACAACAACAUUCACGGCCUAACGGAAAGCAACUGGAGCAACUUUACGGCACCGUACGCAACCGAACGGACGGCCCUCACAUUCCUAUCGAAUUAUGAACCGGCGGACGUUGCGGCAGUCAAGCUCGGGCUCAAUUCUACCUCCAUCUGGAACAUUUCCCCGCCUGACCGGGUGCGAUUGAUCCACGAUUUGGAGUCCGGCACGAACCUUACCUGUCGCUUCCGGUAUGUUAUCAGUCGGGUUUCGCAUUCGAAAGAAAACCCCGGUAUCGUGUCGGAAGAAGCGGAGUACGAGCUUGGUGACGAACCACGGAAAGCGUUGUUAGCAAUGCUAUCGAAUGAAACGGUCCCGAGUUUGUUGACGGCCAUACUGCCCCACCUGAUGCCAAAGUUUUUGCGCGUUCAAAAUAGUGGCUCAGUGAGACCGAUCCAUCAGUUGAUGAAAAAUGCAAAUACGGACUCGGAUUUGGAAAAUCUGCGAAACUUAAGGCUGCGCCGUUUUCAGAACGAAAACAGCAUCACCUGGUGGGAGGUCCAGGAAGAUUGCUCCGAUAGUCUGUACGAAAAGUACUUUAUCCGACUGCCGUAUGCCGACUGCGAUAACUAUCUGGUGAUGUACAUGUUCAACGAUAAGAUAUUCCCGAGCACCAUCAGUUCCAUUGCUGCUGGAGGCAUCAUCGGUAUCUAUUCGACGAUGAUUCUCGUGUUCUCGCGAAUGCUUCGCACGAGCAUUUUCUCAGGAGCGAGCUCGAAGAUCAUGUUCGAGGAUCUCCCGUACGUCGAUCGGGUGGUGCAGCUGUGUCUCGAUAUCUAUCUGGUGCGCGAAUCGUGUGAAUUUACGCUGGAGGAAGACCUGUUUGCCAAGCUGAUCUUCCUCUACCGAUCGCCGGAGACGAUGAUCAAGUGGACGCGCCCGAAGAACGAACCUGGCGGCGACGAUGAGACGGACACAAUGGCCGACGUUCACCCGAAACAGGAAUAAAUAGCCCGAGGAAAUUAUGCUUUCGCUAGGCAAUUUAUUGUCUCCUGGUUUUUUGGUAAACAUAACGCCACUAUCGCAAAACACAAAGAAUCGAUGGACACGACUGAGGAAGAACGGUUAUUUUGGUGUGUUAUAUUUUGUUGUUCUUUGUUAUGUUUGAGAUACAUUUAGAAGACAAACAAUUGAAGCAAUAACUACGGCGCACGCAUGAAGUAAUUGUUGAUGGACAAUCGAGUAUCUACCGGGAUGCGGUGAAAGGAUUUAGGUUGAAGCCUUGCAUCAACAUAUUUUGUAUUAUCUCGACUUAGCUUGUUAACGUUUCGAAAACUGAGCAAUAUUCAAUGUCGAUUGUUUGUAAAUAAUAAAUAAAAAACCUAUUCCAAACCGAACGUCCGAAAGCUCCCGUGAGCUUCGUAUCCGAAGAGUGGCCAACGAGUGUAACGACAAUUAGGAUUAAGUCAAUCGAAAGCUAGUCGAGGGCGACACCGAGUCGGCCGAUGGACUUAUGGAAGUCAUUCGUAUACACCUAUUUUUUUUAAAUUAUUCAAUAUCAUACUUGCUGCAUCAGUAACGUCGCUUCUUCCUUCGCUUCUUCCGGGUGUAUAGGAUUAUUACGGUUAUGCGAGCAUAUUGUGAGCCAUUUUUUGUGUGAGCCGAGCAAUUGUCGAUUAAAACGUUACGGGGACACCCUUUGUUACCAAUUAUCGAAUGCGUGAGUCGACGGCACGAGUGCGCACACAGGGAUGGAAAC